GGAGGAACAGUGGUUCCCAGAUUAAAGACUCGGCCGGCGCAGAAAUUUGCUUCAAAACAACUGACAACUGAUUAACUGAGUAAUGAAACUUCAUGUGCUCUCCUGGCUGCUUUUCUUUCUGGCACCCGGGGGUUGUCCCAUAUACAGCAUCGACCUGGCUACUUUGGAGGUGCCCACAAACGAUUUCCAAAACGAACUGACCCUGCAAUCCAUGCUCAGUUCGGAGCUGCGGGAUUACCGCAAUGGCCUGAUCGAUAGGGUCGAUGACCAGGUGACCAAUCCUCCCUAUUCCCCGCCGCCCAAAUACCAAGAGCAUGAAUGGUUUAAGGAUCUGCCCAGCGAGCUGCAAAAGGCGACGAGGAGGAGGGCCACAGAAUCGGACUCAUUCCUGGGCACCAAUCUGUUUGGCAACUACCGCAAGAAUUGCUUUUCCACGGAGGACAUUGCUAUGAUAUCCGCGCGCAAGGACUUCGAGCUUCUGGUGCCCAAAUCCUUUCCGCAGUGCCUCCUCACCGACAGCCUUGUCUACAUGCUACUGCGGUACUUCAAUACUGUUAACCAGAUCGUGAAGCGUAUGUCAGACGAUGAUACGCGGCUCAUCAUGCAGAGAGGAUUCUACGAUGCCCUGGGUGGCUACCUGCGCUAUUAUCUGGUGCCCAUGGCCCAGUUAUCCUACUAUGCCGGACGCAUCAAGCUGAACACCGUGGAGCGCUUGGUGAACAUAUAUCAGCAGUGCAAAACGACACUCAAUACGAACGGAAAUGGGUGGCGAGCUCCGGACAAGGAUGUAUUGUCGCAGUUCAAGGUGCGAAAAAUCGAACCGGUCAAGCUGCCCAAGAGCUGCCAUUCCCAGGAGGAUGCCUCCAGCUGUGCUCAACUGGAUCAGACUUGCAUUUCCCAAGAGCCGGAUCAAGGGAGCAUGAUUGUGAGCCUGCCUCGGCUGGAGACGCUCGAUGAGAAUGGCUAUAUGGGCAACAUAUACCUGCCCUUUCGAAAACGACGCAUCUACAAUCUUCGAUCUCCCAGAUCGGAAUUCAUCGUGGUGAAGUUCUUCCAAACCCUAACCAACUGCCAUCGGUUUCAGGGCAUCAGCCAGGCUAAUUACAAUCGCCAGUUGCUCGCCUGGAUAAAGGAAAAUCUAGAAAUGCAUUACAGCGAUGAUGUAUUCUACCCGGGUCUGGGCGGAAUACUGCAGAUCCAGGAGAGGCUGUCGAGAGAGGCGAAGAGUGCGGAGGAGGAGGCCCGGGCACCAUGCAAUAAGGAUGACGGGAAGGGAUCACCACCCUGUCCCAAAGAGGACUCCCGCAAGAUGAGUCGCUCCGCCAUUCACUGGCAGGAGAUGUCGGAACCAGUUCAGGAGCCGGGGCAGGAGUCAGAGCACCAGGACGAAUGGCUCACCGGAUUGAAUAAGGUUCAGAAUCUGCCGGAGGAAGUGGAAGAGUGCCGCGAGUGCGACAACGAUGAGACACUGAUCUGGUGCAUUGCCGCCUUUCUGACCCUGCUCCUACUCCUCAUUCUGCUCAUCAUCUGCUGUUGCAUGCGAAGGGGCAAGAAGAAGAGGGUUGCCCCAACGGAUGCAGAGGCUCCUCCGCCGAAGGAGAGGCCCAGGAAAGAAAAGGAGCCGCUGAAAGCCAAGGAGCCAGAAAAGGAAAGAGAAAAAAAGGACGAAAAAGACGAAACUGAUGCUUCUCGCAGGUACUACUACUCCGGUUCUGGUCGCUCCACCUCACAAAGAUCGGUGCCGAGCAAUCGAUAUGCGAAUAAUCCCGAGCUAGAUUCCUUCACCUCAUCCUCGUCGCUGGGAUGUCAGUUCAACAGGAAGUGCAUGCCUCUGAAGUUCUCCCGAGCGAAAGGAGGGGAAUACUAUGCACCGGACAAGAGCCGGGAUCCGGUGGGAAAGCAGGUCUCUCCCCUCAAACUUCUUUCCGAUGAUUCGUCUCCUAGCCGAGCUCCCUACAGGGACGUUUCUAAGCCCGCACUCAAGUCAACCCUAUCCGUCAUUCCCUCGUCGGACAGCGAACUGGGCAGCAGAGAGAAUAGACAUCGACAUAGGCAUGACCGCGAAGAAGCCAGGCGGAAGAAGCAUACGGACUUCGAAACGGGUCGAAAGAAAGAGCAGACCAAAUCCUCAGAAGACAAAAAGCCAUCAUCACCUGAAAGGCGAUCGUCCAAACAAGUGAGGAUAGCAACGCCGGAAAAGCACGAUACAUCCGAUGAUCCUCUUCUGCACAGGAAGAAGUCGCAGCAGAAACCAGAUGUCCCUGCCGGUCGCCAGAGGGGCGGUGCAGAGUCUUUAAAGGACUCUCCCAGCUGGGAAACGACUUUUGACGAUAACUAGUUGGCAAUUUUUUAACCUGUUUUGUUUUUUAACAACCUAUUUC